AAGGCCCCGCGCAAUGGCGCCGCCGGGGCCGGGACCGGAGCCGCGCUUGGCGGGGCCCGGGGGAACGGGGUAGCUUUGAAACUGGCCCAGAUGGCCAGUCUUUUUCGGAGGGAAAGGAGCAGUUCCCUGGUGAAAGUGGCAGAGACUCUCGGGACACCUGCACAGCUCUGGAGCAAGAGAUGAAGAAGUUUUGCUGUUAAAGCAAUUUGGUCACAGGGGGCUCCAACAGAAAACUGCAUCGGGACAACAUCACAGCGAGACGCCCACAGGCUCGAGUUCUGCUUGACAUGGCCAUGUUCUACUAGACCUGCCAUGACGGCAUUUUUUCCCGGUGUUCCCAACUGGAUUCAAGAUGCAAAGCAGGAGGAGGAAGAGACAGGCUGGAAAUUAGUCCCCAGACCGAGAGGUGAAGAGACCGAAAGUCAGGGAAAAUGCCAGUGUGAACUAUCGGAGCCCUCCUUCCCUCACGUGGACAAGCUGAGAACUCACACACUUUCCCAUUCGGAGCAGAGGCCCUACAACUGCCCCCAGCUGCACUGUGGCAAGGCCUUUGCCUCCAAGUACAAGCUCUAUAGGCAUAUGGCCACGCACUCUGCUCAGAAGCCCCACCAGUGCAUGUACUGCGAGAAGAUGUUUCACCGCAAGGAUCACCUUCGGAACCACCUGCAGACCCAUGAUCCCAACAAGGAGGCCCUGCACUGUCCCGAGUGCGGCAAGAACUACAACACCAAACUGGGCUUCAGGCGACACCUGGCCAUGCACGCGGCUGCCAGCGGUGACCUCAGCUGCAAGGUGUGCCUGCAGACCUUUGAGAGCACCCAGGUGCUGCUGGAGCACCUCAAAGCUCAUUCCAGGCGGGCUUCCGGCGGGGCAAAGGAAAAGAAGCAUCCGUGUGACCACUGCGAUCGGCGCUUCUACACCCGGAAGGACGUGCGGAGACACCUGGUAGUGCACACGGGGCGCAAGGACUUCCUGUGCCAGUACUGUGCCCAGAGGUUUGGGAGGAAAGACCACCUGACCAGGCACAUGAAGAAAAGCCACUCCCAGGAACUGCUGAAGAUUAAGACGGAGCCAGUGGACAUGUUGGGUCUGCUCAGCUGCAGCUCCUCUGUGGCAGUGAAGGAAGAGCUGAGUCCUGUCCUGUGUAUGGCAUCCAGAGACAUGAUGGGUGGUAAGAGCUUCCCUGGCAUGCUGCCUGUGGGCAUGUACAGCACGCAUCUCCAAACCAUGCCAAGCUCAGGGAUGCCCCAUUCUUUGGUUCCUAAUUCUCUUCCCAUGGGAAUGAGCUAUCCUCUGGAGUCUUCUUCUCCCAUCUCCUCCCCACCGCAACCUCCUCCAAAGUAUCAGCUUGGAUCUACCUCAUAUUUGCCUGAGAAGCUACCCAAAGUAGAGGUGGACAGCUUUUUGUCAGACUUCCCUGGCAGCCUGUCUCUCUCAUCUGGUGAUCCUCAGUCCUCUUCGCCUCAGCCACCCGCCCUGGAUGAGGCUUUGCUUUCCAAGAGCCCUGCUAACCUCUCAGAGGCUCUCUGUGCUGCUAACAUGGACUUCUCUCAUCUUCUUGGCUUCCUCCCCCUAAAUCUUCCUCCUUGCAAUCCUCCUGUCUCAUCGGGGGGAUUGGUCAUGGGCUACUCGCAGGGGGAGGCGCAGCCACUGCUCACCACUUUGCAACAUCAACCUCAAGAGUCUCCCGGAGCCGGGGCCUCGCUGAACUUUGGGCCCCUUCAUUCGUUGCCCCCCGUCUUCACCUCCAGCUUGAGCACAACCACGCUGCCACGGUUCCACCAGGCAUUCCAAUAAGCUGGAAAUAGCACUGGAGAACAGAUCUUUCAGUCACCCUUUUGUGGAGAGCCUUAAAAACGCACAACUCUUCCUUCCUUGGGGGUGUGAAAGCUCUGGCAGAGCUGGGUCGGGCAGGAGGUUUCUGAUCCCGGAGGGAGCACUUGUAGACUGGAACAGCCGAUAUCCCGUGCGAGUCCCAGUCCUGUACAGCGGAAAGAUUUCAGCUGAUAGACUGGAUAUAUUUUAUCUAAUUUUUAAUCUGUGAAUCAGGAGCCGCGCUUAGCACUGACCUUCCCUGAGAAUGCUGGAGCUAUUUCCUCUCUGGGAAGGGACUGUCCCUCAGAAGGAGUUGAGACUUUUUCAUCCUGGGCUAUACUUUUUAAGAGUCCAGCUUCCAUUUCAUGUUACCACACUGCAAUUCUGGCAAACCAGCCAACACCUCCACAUGGAGAAGAAGUCACGAUACCGCUCUGUAUGAAGCCAAUGGGGAAGAGGCUGUCCUUCCCUGCUACCUCUCAUCCCGUCACCCAACACAGCUUACUCCACAUCAGUGUUAAGCAACAAGCCCGUUUACAUAGCGAAUUCAGCGCCACCUCUUCGGAGCCGUUAGGAUAAACUCGUUACGGUGAACUUUGUUUACACAACACAAAUCUCUUUCUGCCAUUGCAAAAAUAGGAGGCACCAGAAUACACUGGGUUCAUCUCUGGUGUAGCUAGAACACUGUUUACACAAUGAAGUCAGGUUGCACUGAUUUCUCUUCACUUACCAUGUUCUUCCCCCAUGGGGAAA